GCCCCGCGGGCCUGAGCGACCCUCGCCGCGGCAGCGUCCUCCUCUGCCGCUCGCCGCCAUGGACGUGUACCCCCCGCACCGGCUUGGGUUGCCCCGCGCGCGGUCCCCCGGCGGCUCCGCUCGCGGGUCGCCCUCCGUCAGCUGCAGCCGACUCCGCCAGGUUCAGAGCAUCUUGACCCAGAGCAGCAAGUCUCGACCUGAUGGGAUCCUCUGCAUCCUAGGAAUCGAUAGCAGGUACAAUGGAGGCUGCAGAGAGCUGGCAAACUAUCUUCUGUUUGGUUUGUACAAUCAAAAUACAAGCGAUUUUGAGAAAACGGGGUUUUCUGAAGAAGUUCUAGAUGAUGUAAUUAUAUUGAUUAAAUCAGAUAGUGUCCACCUGUACUGUAAUCCUAUAAACUAUCGCUAUCUCUUACCUUAUGUGGCACAUUGGAGAAAUCUGCAUUUCCACUGCAUGACUGAAAAUGAGUAUGAAGAUGAGGAAGCUGCAGAAGAAUUUAAAAUUGCCAGCUUUGUGGACAUGGUUCGAGACUGUAGUAGAAUUGGCAUUCCUUACAGCUCCCAAGGUCACUUGCAGAUAUUUGAUAUGUUUGUAGUAGAGAAAUGGCCAAUUGUACAGGCCUUUGCACUUGAGGGCAUUGGAGGGGAUGGAUUUUUUACCAUGAAAUAUGAGUUGCAGGAUGUGAGUUUGAGUCUAUGGAAUGUCUACAGCAAGAUGGAUCCUAUGUCUCUGGAGAGUUUGCUUUCAGAAGAUUUGGUGGCUUUUGAACAUCAGUGGACUAGCUUCUUUGCUAAUUUUGAUACAGAAAUUCCUUUCCUGCUGGAACUUUCUGAAUCUCAGGCGGGUGAGCCAUUCAGAAGUUACUUCAGUCAUGGAAUGAUCUCCAGCCAUAUAACUGAAAACAGCCCUAAUAGGCAGCCAUUCGUUCUCUUUGGUAAUCACUCCACACGAGAAAAUCUGAACGCUGGCAACUUUAACUUCCCUUCUGAAGGGCAUCUGGUACGCAGCACUGGUCCCAAUGGGAGCUUUGCCAAACACAUGGUAGUACAGUGCGUCUCACCAAAGGGACCCCUUGCUUGUUCAAGAACAUACUUUUUUGGGGCUACUCACGUUCCUUACUUGGGUGAUGAGAAUAAGCUGCCCAAGAAAACUGAACAAAUUAGGCUCUUGUCCCAGGUGUACGCUGCUGUUAUACAGGCUGUUUUGGCUGGCAUUGCAUGUUAUGCUAAAACUUCCAGUCUAACAAAGGCAAAGGAGGUAGCUGAGCAGACCCUGGGAUCUGGGUUAGAUUCCUUUGAGUUGAUGCAGUUUAAGGCAGCCCUACGCUCCAAGAUGGCUUUUCAUAUCCAUGCUGUGAAUAAUCAGGGAAGGAUUGUGCCUCUGGACAAUGAAGAUAGCUUAUACUUCGUGAAGACAGCUUGUAUGACUGUAUAUGACAUUCCUGACUUACUGGGAGGAAGGGGGUGCUUAGGGUCUGUGGUCUUCUCAGAAUCCUUUUUGACGUCUCAGAUCUUGGUUAAAGAAAAGGAUGGCACUGUUACCACAGAAACCAGCUUCAUAGUCCUGACAGCCGCCAUACCCAGAUUCUGCUCCUGGCUGGUAGAAGAUAAUGAAGUAAAAUUGUCUGAGAAAACCCAGCAAGCAGUGAAGGGGGAUGCCUGUUUCCUGGGUACUUUUCUAACAGGAGGAGAAGGAGCAUAUCUUUAUUCCAGCAAUCCACAUUCUUGGCCUGAGGAAGGGAAAGUGCACUUCUUCUCUAGUGGUCUUCUGUUUUCUCACCGUCAUCACGGAAGUAUCGUCCUUUCCAAGGAUCACAUGAAUGCCAUUUCCUUCUAUGAUGGGGAUUCCACAAGUGUUGUUGCUGCCCUUCUGAUAGACUUCAAAAGCUCGUUGCUUCCUCAUCUCCCAGUUCAUUUCCAUGGAUCAAGCAAUUUUCUGAUGAUUGCCCUUUUCCCCAAAUCAAAGAUAUACCAAGCAUUUUACUCAGAGGUCUUCUCCCCCUGGCAGCAGCAGGCUAACUCAGGGCUGUCUUUAAAAGUGAUCCAGGAAGAUGGAUUAUCUGUGGAACAAAAGAGAUUACACUCCAAUGCCCAGAAGCUCUUCAGUGUCCUGGGCCAUUCUCCUGGGGAGAAACAGAGUCCUCUAAAGCUACUCCCAGCCAAACUUCCAGAGCUAGACUGGUUUCUUCAGCAUUUCACCAUCAGCAGCAUUAGUCAAGAGCCUGUGAUGAGGACCCAUCUCCCUGUCCUGCUGCAGCAAGCUGAAAUCAGCCCUACUUACCGAGUAGAAAAUGACAAGGUAAUUAUCAGCAUUGUAACUGGCCUCCCAGGCUGUCAUGCUAGCGAGCUCUGUGCUUUUCUGGUCACUCUGCAUAAGGAAUAUGGCAGGUGGAUGGUAUACCGCCAAAUCAUGGAUAGCUCCGAAUGUUUUCAUGCUGCCCACUUCCAGAGAUACCUUUCCAGUGUCCUGGAGGCUCAGCAGAACCGCUCUGCCCGCCAGUCAGCCUACAUCCGCAAAAAGACCCGACUGCUAGUGGUGUUGCAAGGCUACACAGAUGUUAUUGAUGUCGUCCAGGCCCUGCAGACCCAUCCAGACUCAAAGGUCAAGUCCUCCUUCACCAUUGGUGCCGUCACGGUGUGCGUGGAGCCCCUGAGCUGCUACAUGGAGCACAGAUUUCUCUUUCCUAAAUGUCUUGACCAGUGUUCACAAGGCCUGGUGAGUAAUGUGGUGUUCACCAGUCACACCACGGAGCAGAGGCACCCUCUCCUUGUCCAGCUGCAGAGCCUCAUCAGGGCUGCCAGUCCUACUGCAGCCUUCAUUCUUGCAGAAAAUGGGAUUGUCACCAGGAAUGAAGACAUUGAGCUGAUUCUCUCAGAAAAUAGUUUUUCAAGUCCUCAGAUGCUACGAUCUCGAUAUUUAAUGUACCCUGGCUGGUAUGAAGGUAAAUUUGAUGCUGGAUCAGUCUUUCCACUAAUGGUUCAGAUCUGCGUAUGGUUUGGUCGUCCCUUGGAGAAGACUCGCUUCGUGGCCAAGUGUAAAGCAAUUCAGUCUUCCAUCAAGCCAAGUCCCUUCUCUGGAAACAUCUACCACAUCCUCGGCAAAGUGAAGUUUUCAGACUCUGAGAAGGCCAUGGAGGUCUGCCAUAACACUCUGGCCAAUUCUUUGAGCAUUGUCCCUGUUUUGGAGGGACCCUCGCCACCGCCUGACUCCCGAAGCACACCUCAAGAAAGCAACGGGCAGCAGGAAUGUUACCUCGUGUUCAUCGGCUGCUCCCUGAAGGAAGAAAGCGUCAAGGACUGGCUGCGGCAGUCAGCUAAGCAGAAGCCUCAGAGGAAAGCCCUGAAGACCAGGGGAAUGCUGACUCAGCAGGAGAUCAGGAAUAUCCACGUGAAACGCCACCUGGACCCCCUGCCCGCAGGCUACUUUUACAAUGGCACCCAGUUUGUCAACUUCUUUGGUGACAAGACUGAUUUUCACCCACUCAUGGACCAGUUCAUGAAUGACUACGUGGAAGAAGCCAACCGGGAAAUUGAGAAGUAUAACCGAGAGCUGGAACAGCAGGAGUAUCAUGACCUCUUUGAGCAGAAGCCCUAGGGGAAGGCUAGGCCAUACAUCCUGGAGAACGUCCACCCUGGAGGUGGACGUUUAAAAAUGGGGUUACUUAACCUCAGCUCUCCCAGAGGCCCUCCCUAAAGGGGCUGUCUUUCUUCUUCUUGGCCUUUGUGUACUGGCUUGAGUGCAUGUUGUCUUUAUUCUCUAUACAGCGCUGAAGAGCAUCACCUGCACCGCCCCACUGAUGGGGGGCGGGGGGUCUUCAUGGAGGAUGAGCAGAUAGGGACUGCCCUGUGUGUGGGGCUGGCAGCCCGGAACCUCUGGGUAUCUCCUUUGGGCUGCUGAGGCACUGUGACUGUGGGGAGAAUCAUUUGUUACCCAGAGUUGCUGUUGGCAAGCAGAAGGAACCCUGGCUGCCUGAACUGUGCCCAUGCCUGGGGGACCAAGCCACCACAGGCGUUGGGCCUCAGACACUGUCCCAGGAGAGCCCUGUCCCCAGUGGAGUGCCUGGCUUCCUGCUUAGGCCCCUUGCAUUGAAGGAGCGGGCCCUGCUGGCCCUGGGCCCGGUCCUGGGGGGACCACCCCAGGCCCUGCCUGAGCCCCACCCACAGAGCCAGCAGCUUGGGCUGAGAUCAACAGCUUGUUUUCAGAUGAGGAGCUGUCCCUUACAGACUAAACUGAGGGGAAAGGCAUGUUGCUUUCCAGAAGCAUGUGGCUUUUGAAUUGAUACAAGCAGUCUCCCUGGAGGAUGGUUUUGAGCUCCCCUCACUCUGGUUUGCCUCAUUCAGGGCAAGAACAAAGCAAACCUGCUGCUUCGGCCUCCCUGGUGAUGCUUUGCCUCACUUUUGAGGGGAGCAUCCUCCAACCACUUAGUCUUAGGCCCAGGGCUCUGAUCACUUGUGCGGCAUCCCUGAAGGGGGCUCACUCUCCAGCACCCAGCCCUCCCUUGAGCCUUACCAGGGAAGGCUUGGUUUGUAGCCACAAACUUCAGGAAACUUAUGUCCCCAAGCAUUGUUGCUGGCCCUGGACUUGUUAGGCUCCUGUAGACCGGGAAUUUCAAAGAAUUCCAAUAUCCAAUUUAGAAUUCCUUCCAGGGGCUUUGUUUGCAGCUAGACCAUAAAGCAGAGGGGAAUUAGAAAUGGAUCCGGUGCCUGACUUCCAGAAUUAGUUUGGGGUCGGGGGAGGUCACAGGCACUGAUAUUUGGGUGAUGUCUGUUAGGACUUCAGCGCCUCAGCUGCCUAGAUUGUAAAUGCUUUCUGAAUUUCACAUAUUUUUUUUUGCAUGCCUUAGGAAGAAGCACAUAGACGAAACCAGCAAAGUUUCCAGUAAUGUAGAGGGGUUUUUGAGAAUAGCCCCUGGCACAGAGGAGAGACUGAGAAAGGAUGGAGCACAUAUGAUCUGUGUGCCUGGUUACUCAGAGGCCUCCAUGCAAGUAGCAAAGCAGGUGUUAAGGGCUUGUCAGUAAAAUGUACUUGUAUUAGAAAAAAAUAAUCUAUAUUUAAAGCCAAAUGAACAAAACUCAAAAUACCACUAAAUAAGAAAUCUUGCAUGAAGAAAGCCUUCUGAAAAGGCCCAUGUGUUCCAUUCCCAACUCCCAAAGCUGGUGGUGACAAGGGCCCUAGUGUGGAGCCCAAGUCUGGGAGCACCUCACUUCUGGUGGGCCGGAGGCUGGGGUCCACAAUGGGCCUGCCUCUGCUUCAGAAUCAAUAACGUAGAUCUUAAGUGCAAUUGAUGAACUAAGCAAUGAGUUACUGUAGCUUCUUUUAGCUCUACUGAGCUCUUUUUAAAAACUCAACCUUGAGCAGCCUUAGAGAAGGGAGAA